AUGACUUCUAGAAAACUCAACGUGCUCGUCUACACGGGUACCGGCACGACUGCCGAGUCGGUCCGGCAAUGCGUCUUCUCCCUCCGCCGCCUUCUCUCUCCAAACUACGCCGUCAUCCCCAUCAAUGAAACCGUUAUUCUCAAGGAACCUUGGGCGCCGACAUGCGCACUGCUCGUCAUCCCCGGUGGCGCGGACCUGGGCUACUGCCGCGUGCUGAACGGCGAGGGCAAUCGGCGCGUCGCCGAUUACGUUCGGCGAGGCGGCGCAUACCUCGGCCUGUGCGCCGGCGGCUACUACGGCAGCGCGCGGUGUGAAUUCGAGGUCGGCAACAAGCCUCUCGAGGUCAUUGGCAGUCGGGAGCUGGCCUUCUUUCCCGGCACAUGUCGUGGUGGCGCGUUCAAGGGGUUCGAGUACCAGAGCGAGAGGGGCGCGCGAGCAGCUGUGCUCAAGGUUGCGACUGGAGCAUUCAAAGAAGAGGUCCCUCAGUGGUUCGCAUCGUACUACAACGGUGGCGGUUUAUUUGUCGAUGCGGCCAGUGUCAAGAACCGCAAAGUUGAGGUCCUGGCCUCUUACGACGAGGAAAUCGAUGUCGAUGGCGGGGAUGGCAAGGCAGCUGUGGUGCUCUGCCAUGUCGGUGACGGCAAGGCCCUACUUACCGGGCCUCAUCCUGAAUUCGCGCCAGCAAACCUCUACCCACAACCAGAUAUCCCCGGCUAUGAUGAGCUGAUACGCAAGUUGGCUGAAGAUGAUCAGAAGCGCGUUCAAUUCCUCAAGGCAUGCCUGGCCAGUGUCGGUCUAGAGGUGAGCCAAGAGGUAGCGGCGUUACCUCCGCUAUCGAGCCUCCAUCUCUCAGCUAUCGACAACACCAAGGUCAGCGAGAUACUGUGCAGCUGGGAAGACGUCUUUGAGAAAGAAAACGGCCAGGAGCUCGUCAAGGGCGAAGCAGACACUUUCCAUGUUCAGAGCGAUGAGGACAACCUCUCAGUCGAGGAGCUUCGACAGUCACUUCCAGCAGAGGGUGGCGCAGACGGCAUCGUCGACUAUUCAGCUGUCACCAAGACAAUCGUCGCGCAUGAGAAGGCCCUGCCGAGUCAUGAAGUGACCCCGCGCUUCAAUCACAAACUCUACUACUCGAGCCUAAGGCGGUUCCAGGUAGCGGAAGGGGCCGAAGACUGGGGCAACAUUCUCCUCUACGGCGAUGUCGUGACGAGCACAAACUCUCUCCUUGAGAAGAACCCGAAGCUCAUCUCCAAGCUGCCCACGGGCUUCACCUUUUCCGCAUCGACGCAAGUCGCCGGCCGCGGUAGAGGAACGAACGUCUGGCUCGCGCCGCCGGGCGCACUCCUAUUCUCAACCAUAAUCAAUCACCCGGCUCACCUCGCCAUUUCGCGGCCGGUCGUCUUUAUCCAAUACAUUGCAGCUGUCGCCAUCGUCGAGGCCAUCCAGUCACUGGACGUCGAGUACGCGAACUUACCAGUCAGGCUCAAGUGGCCCAACGAUAUCUAUGCUCUUGACCCGACCAAGCCGCCGUCCGCGAAGCAAUACGUCAAGAUUGGAGGCAUCCUCUCCCAGUGCGGCUACUCCGACGGCGCGUACCAGAUCGUCCUCGGUAUCGGAAUCAAUGCCAUCAACCCUCGCCCCACGACUUCCAUCUCAGAUCUCCUCCCCGCAGGAACAGCCCCACCACGACUCGAGGCCCUCCUGGCGCGCAUCCUAACUCGCCUCGAGGCCAUUUACGCACAGUUCCGCCGCGAGGGUUUCUCGGAAGAUCUGGAGAGGCGAUACUAUCGGCACUGGCUGCACACGGGGCAGGCUGUGUCGCUCGAAGCCGAAGGAGGUGUCAAGGCUCGCGUGCUCGGCAUCACGCGCGACUGGGGCAUGCUACGGGUGGAGGAGACGGACAGGGAAGGGCGAGGGACGGGCAGGAUCUGGAGCUUGCAAAGCGACGAGAACAGCUUUGACUUUUGGAAGGGUCUGGUCCGGCGCAAGGAAUAG